AUGGUGGACUGCGAUGAGAUUUGCCCUCUUUGCAACGCUGCAAAUGAAUCUAUAUUCCAUAUUUUGGUGGACUGUACCUUUGCUAGAACAUGUUGGAGACCUUCAGGUGUUCACCUCAGUGGCUCAAGUGACCAUUCUUUUUCAAAUUGGGUGAAUCACAAUAUCCCUGGUAUGGACAUAGGAAAUCUCUCUCUGGUGGUUAUUAUCUGCUGGGAAAUCUGGAAGCAGAGGAAUGCCAAACUUUGGAACAAUUCAUCCACUCUUCAUGAACAUCAACUUAUUCGUAUGGCAAAGAGUUUCUUAGGUGAAUGGAAAGAGGCUACACAUUUAAUUCAUCCCUCUUCUCAUUCAGACUCCAUCCCAUCACACAAGUGGACUCGCCCUCAACCAGGCAUGAUGAAGAUGAACGUCGAUGCGACGUUAAACAGUUCCGGAGCGGCCAUGGGUCUGGGAUGCGUUAUCCGCGAUGAAGAUGGAACCUUCAUAGUAGCCCGGGGAGUUCAGUGGAAAGACACCUUCACACCGAGAGAGACUGAAGCAGUGGCCAUUCGUGAGGCUUUAAGCUGGCUAAAAGCACACAACUUUGAUAAUUUGUAG